AUGGAGGAGCAAAGCAAUUUCUCAAGCGCCAUUGAAUUCUGGCGUGGAGUUGGUUUGCCCACACUCCAACGUCAGUUGGACCAACAAGGUCUCGCCAUUGUCGAAAACCAAAAAGAUGGUUUAAUGUCACGUAAAAAGCUAGCUGAACAAACAAGAGAAUUCAAAAAGAUGCCUGAUGAAGACAAGCUUCAACAGUUCAAAUCAUUACUGAAAGGUUAUCAGGCAGAAAUUGAUAAUAUUACACGACGCACGAAAUAUUCAGAAAGCUCGUUCUUGGCACUUUAUAAGGUGCUUGCUGACGCACCUGAUCCGGCCCCAUUAUUUGAAGCUGCUGUCGAUCAAAGCGUCAACAAUGUGGAACUUGAAACCGCAAAAAGUGAAAAUGCAAAGCUACGAUCCGAACUUGAAGAAGCGCAACGUCAGGCACAGCACGUGCAAUCACUCGAGAAAGCCAACCAAGAACUACAACAAAAGUUGAGCAAAUUGGAAUCUUUGGCCGAUGAGAAACGGGUUGAGGAGCUUGGACAGCGAGAAGAACAAAUGAAGCAGCAAUACAAUGAAAAGAUCCGAUCGUAUAAAGAACGGGAGCAUGAUUUACAACGACAAUUGAAUCAGGCACUCGACCAGCUUACACAGCUUCGCCAUACGCAUGACGAUACACAAGCGCAGCUUUUAAAUCACAAUCAAAAAUACGAUGAAGAGGUGGUAGGCAAACUUGCCGAGCUGGAUAUCGUCAUGAUGGAUCUCGAGCGUGCCAAUGCCAAAAUUGUUGAACUGGAACGAAAAAAUGAUGAUUUACGAGAAGAGGUUGAGGCCACUCGUUCAGAAUCAAAAGAAAAGUAUGUGAUUCGGGAUGAAGGGCCUGAUACUGCCGAGAGUCAACAACAAGAUGCUGCUAUUUCCAAACUUUUUAAAGACAUUGAUACUUACAAGGAAUUAUUGCAAAGUACCGAAACUCGAUUAAGCAAGCGCAUUAAAGAACUUUCUAACGAAGUUAAAUCAUUGACUGAAGAAAAGGAGAAAUUAAGCAAGAAAUUACAAGGUUUUGACGACUAUGAUGAAAUUAAACGGGAGCUGGAGAUCAUGAAGUACGUUGAAUUUUCGACCGGUGACGACGAGGACCGUUUCGAUGCUCAAAAUGUAUUGAAGAAGGAUGAAGGAGUUCGCCAGAGUCUAGAAGUCAGCUUGAUCGAGAAGAACAAGCGUUUGGAGAACGAGUUUACGCAACUAAAGGUGUCCUAUGCCAAUAUUGAAAAAGAGCUUGCGACAAAGGAAAGCACCUACAAAGAGCUCAAGGCAAAGAAUACAACGUUGGCCAAUCUUGUACAGCGACUGGAAGAGGAUUUGCUGCGACUGGGCCAAAAGCCAUCGUCAAGCGACUCAUUAAUGGACGAGUUGACGCGCACGCCCUCAAACACCAAUAUAGCACAGCAGCAACAACAACAACAAUCUUCAGGUCCACGCACGCCUGAUUAUGGAUCACCACGCGUUAGUUAUGACGCCAACAGUGUUCCUGGUAAAGACGGCGGUAACGACAAGAGUAUAUUGCCUAUUGUCAUUGGUCAGCGUGAUCGGUUCCGGCAACGUAACACCGAGCUUGAGUCACAGACGAGAAGCUUGGAGUUGAAGCUGCAAGAUGUACAAGGAGAAGUGGAGACCUUGAAAGCGGAUAACCUUAAGCUAUAUGAACGGUUACGAUUUGUGCACGUCUGGAAGGAAGAAAACAAAAGCGCAGCAGUAAAUGUGAGAAGAGGGUCUGUCAAAACAAAAGAUGAUCCAACAGACAAAUAUGGUCAGCUUUAUGAAGAAAGUAUGAACCCGUUUGUCCAGUUCCAUCGCAAGGAGGAAACGCGUCGGUACAAUGCCUUAAAUCCAGCGGAAAAAUUAACUUUCAACCUCACACGCAUGUUGUUUUCGCACAAGUGGUCUCGAUACUUUCUUGUCAUCUAUUCGUUACUGUUGCACUUGUUAGUUGUGGUAACGCUGUACCAAUUAAGUUUAUGGGAGUGUCGUCACGAUCAUGAAGCCAUCAAUCUUCCUACUUUGAAUGAUGAUCCGGCAGCAGUCGCAGCAGCAGCAGGCAUGGGUCAAGGCCCUUUGUAA